GCAAUAGAUGCGAUACGUGGUGUUGCAAACAGCGUAAUCUCCUCGACAAGUGGAAUUUUUGAGUAGUCGAUUUUUGCGUGCUGUGAAUGAAAAAGGGCAAUUUUCGUCCGUUUUUUAGUGCAAAAACCUUGUGUGAGGCCACCCCGGGGCGGCAGACCCAGUGAGAGAGCGUGCUGCACAAAAUGGGGCUCCGUCGAAUGAGUGUUGUACUUAAUUUUGUGCUGUGCACGUCAUUGUGGAUUUUAUGUUGUGAUGGAUCCACACAGAACGAGCGACAGGGUUUUCCCCUGGAAAAUGAGAAAUUCCUCACGGAACCACACUACCACAGCACAAAUGAGAUUGAGGAUUUAUUCGCGCACCUCCAGAAGCAAUUCCCAACAAUGGCAAAGGUGCACUCAAUUGGAAAAUCCGUGGAAGGACGGGAGCUCACUGUACUCGAGAUUAACAAGAACGUUCGGAAGAGAUCACUGCUGACGCCGAUGUUUAAGUAUGUCGCCAACAUGCACGGCGAUGAAACUGUUGGCAGACAGAUGCUAAUCUACUUAGCGCAGUACUUGCUGACCAACUACGGCGUUGUGCCCGAAGUUACGAAGCUCGUGGAUCAGACGGACAUUUUUCUCAUGCCCUCCCUCAAUCCAGAUGGUUUCGAACGUUCAAAGGAGGGAAGCUGCGAAUCACCUGAAAACUACUUUGGACGAAAUAAUGCAGCAGGUGUCGAUCUGAACCGCGAUUUUCCCGAUCGAUUCGAUUCAUCGCUCAUGAGGCAUUUUCGUGCAAUGACACGCCAACCUGAGACUGUGGCAAUGAUGACAUGGAUCCUCAACUCACCUUUUGUUCUAUCGGCAAAUCUUCACGGUGGUGCAGUUGUGGCGAGUUAUCCCUACGAUAAUUCCAUAAAACAACGAGAGUGCUGCACGGAGAGUUUAACACCUGACGAUGGUGUCUUCAAGCAGUUGGCCUACACGUAUGCAUCUAAUCAUCCUGUCAUGCGAACUGGGUCGGAUUGCAAUGAAACAUUCCCGGGUGGUGUGACAAAUGGAGCUUUUUGGUAUGAAUUGAAUGGCGGGAUGCAGGAUUUCAACUAUGUCUUCUCGAAUUGCUUUGAUGUCACGCUUGAAUUGUCAUGCUGCAAGUUUCCAAAGGCCAGCAAAUUGCCCAGCGAGUGGGCGAAGAAUAAGCGGAGUUUGCUUGAAUAUAUGAAAUUGGUUCACAUGGGUGUCAAGGGUCUUGUCAAAGACACCAAUGGGUAUCCCAUUAAAAAUGCCGAGAUCCUCGUGCAGGGGUACGAGCAGAAGCCUAUCAAAGCAACGGAACGUGGUGAAUAUUGGCGCCUUCUCAAGCCAGGACUUCAUCACAUUCAAGCUGUAGCUUUCGGCUACGAACCCAGUGCUGUACAGGAAGUUUUAGUCACCAAUGACAGUGCUACAAGAGUAGAUUUUAAUUUGAACCCAUCCGAUAAUGUUGAAGGUGCCUACCGGCAUACGGUUACAAUUCGUGAGAAUACAAAUAAGAAUGGUUUCCUUUUGGAUGCAGAAUUUAAGCAUCACAGCUAUCAGGAUAUGGUUGCGCUACUUCAGGAGCUCAAUAGCACAUACCCCAAUAUUACGAAUCUCUACAGCAUUGGGAAGAGUGUGCAGGGGAGAGAUUUGUGGGUGUUGGAGAUUACACAGCAUCCGGGAGUUCAUACUCCGGGAAUUCCGGAAUUUAAGUAUAUUGCCAAUAUGCAUGGGAAUGAGGUAAUUGGGAGGGAGUUGUUGCUUCUCCUGGCACAGUAUUUGUGUCAGAAUUAUGGAACAAAUGAGAGAAUAACGAAGCUCGUGGAUGGCACGAGGAUUCACCUUAUGCCAAGUAUGAAUCCGGAUGGUUAUGAAGUUUCUCGGGAUAAUGAUCAUUUGCAAAUUCAUGGGAGAGCCAAUGCACACGGUGUGGAUCUCAAUAGGAAUUUCCCUGAUCAAUAUGGAACGAAUAAAUUCAAUACGAAGCAAGAGCCAGAAACAGCUGCUGUAAUGAAGUGGUCUCUCUCAAUUCCUUUUGUCCUUUCGGCAAAUCUCCACGGGGGUUCUCUCGUAGCGAAUUACCCAUUCGACGAUUCAGCAAAGGAUUUUGCACCAGGAAGUGAUAGAAGAACUCAGCAGAAUCCCACGGAAGAGGAUGAGCUAUUCAAAUAUCUCGCUCGUACGUACUCCAAUGCACACACAACGAUGCACAAUGCUGUGCCGUGUAUUGAUUUUCAGUCAGAAUACUUCCCGGAGGGCAUUACCAAUGGGGCAUCGUGGUACAGUGUGACGGGAGGAAUGCAGGAUUGGUCGUAUUUGAAAGGUGGUGCAAUGGAAUUAACGCUGGAGGUGAGCUGCAAGAAGUUCCCACCCAGCGGGGAGAUUGAGAAGUUUUGGGAGCAAAAUAGAGAGGCUCUCAUUACGUACAUGGAACAAGUUCACAUUGGUAUUCAUGGAUUUAUUCGUAGCACAAUUGGGCAUCCAGUUGCCGGUGCCCGGAUCUAUAUAAAUAAAAUUCAACAUGCCACCACGAGCUACAAAGACGGUGACUAUUGGCGCCUUUUGCUACCCGGAAAGUACAAUGUAACAAUCGAAGCAGAUGGCUUCGAGGCGGUCCUGGAGGAAGUUGAAGUUCCCGCCAAUGGAUCCAUUCGCAAGGAUUUCCUUCUAAUGCGUGAUGAUCCGCAGCAUUGGUCAUCAGCCUAUGAUUACCGAAUCAUUGAGAAUGUUGUCAAGACACGUUAUCACAGCGAUGCGGAAAUUAAUGAUGAAUUCCAAAAGCUCGAGGCGGCAAAUUUCAAGAUUGCCACCCUCGAUGCUGGUGACAAUGAGAUCAGUAUGCAGUAUCACACACUAAAAGUUACUUCGGACAUUGGAUCGCCUGAAGAGAAGAAACUCCACAUUCUCAUCUUGUCUUCCCUCUUUGAUUCAGCUCCCAUUGGGCGGGAGAUGGUGCUCAAUUUAGCCAGGCAUGUCACCAAAGGGUAUGCCAUUGGGGAGCCACCACUUGAGCGUCUUAUAAACAAUACAGUGUUGCACUUUGUACCGAUAAUGGAGCACUUUAAUGAUGUCUACAAUCAAUACUACAAUGACCCAUCAAUUUGCGAUCCAAUACUCAAAGAAGAACUCGCUGAUAAGCUUUUGAGUCCUGAAACGGACAAAAAGCGCGAUAUGUUGAUAAAAAUGCUGCAAGAUGAGAAAUUUGAUCUUGCAGUAACUUUCACAUCAGGUGGAAGUGAUGUUCACUACCCCAAAAUUAAGGAUCACCUCCCCAUUUAUGCGCAAAUGGCACAAAAUAUUGAUGCAACAAAGAGGAAAGUCAUUAACCUGGCAUGUCCAUCAACAGAAAUGCGUUCUCAACAAUUGAGUGUGUCUGAGAGAUUGACUAAUCUCCUCUAUAACUACUACGAUGUGCCUUUAAUCAGCAUCCAGGUGUCAUGUUGCAAGAUGCCGGAGAAUAUUGCUGAGGCGUGGAGGAAUAAUCUUGAGAGAAUGGUGAACUUUUUGCGAUUGACAGACACUGGAGUGAUGGGAUAUGUUAAAGAUCACGAAGGGAAGGAGCUCAGAGAGGCUAUGGUGAAAAUUCAGGGAACCGAAUUGACGCAUAAAGUUACGGCGAAUCUUGCAUUCUUCCGCAUCGUCCUACCAGCUGGAGACUAUAAACUCGAAGUUUAUUGCGAAGCCCACGGGAAGACGACCAUUCCGGUUACAGUGAGAGAUGGAGUGGUGCACGAACUGGGUAAUGUUAUCCUCCAGAAAUCCGACAAAGAUCACCAGGAGGAAGAGAAAGCUGGAGAAAUAUCCGGAUUUAUCCUUGACAUGGAAAAUCAUCCAAUUCCAAAUGCAAAAGUAACUCUGAAUAAUCUUCACACAUUCACGGAUUCCGUUGGUGGGUACAAAAUAACAGGAGCUCCCGUUGGGGAUGUAACCAUUCAGGUUGAUGCUCCCAGGCAUAUCAAGGACUCCCGAACAGUUCAUGUUGCUCCCUUUAAAUCUACGAAAAAUAUAAUCUUCCGCCUAGAAGUGGAUGAGCGUGUUCUAGGCAUGCCCAGGAUGAUCUUUAUCCUCUUUACGGGCUUCCUUUGCGUGGCUGCAAUCGCAUGUGGGGCAUUUUGUAUCACUGCCUGGCAGAAUAGGAAGAAUAACUACCAGAAUUAUUCCUUCUCCCUGCUACGUACAAAUAACACGAAGAAAUUGUUUGAGGAUGAUGAUGAUGACAAUGAUGAAACGGAGCUCUUUAGAUCCCCAAUCAAGAAGGGUGUUAAAAUGCAGCCUUACUAUGAUGACGAAAGGGAUCCAAUAACCGAUACGGAUGAUGGGAGUGAGGAUGAAAUUGUGAUGCUCAACACAGCUAGUGAGUACCGUGACUGAUCAUGAUCAAUGAUGCACACAUGAAUCUUACUUAAUUUAUUUUGUAAAAUGUAAAGAAAUAGGCAAGAAGCGGCGCUAUAAUUUAAUUUAAUUUCAAUUACUACGUAAGCUAUAUAUUAGGUGAAACAUUCCUUCUUUCGCUAGGUCUGACCACAAAUUUUGUGAUUUUUUUUGUCAUUUGUUAAUUUAAUUUAAUAUUAUUGUUUUUUAAAUAGGUAAAUAUGAAAUAUUAACAAAAUAAUAAAUCUAUUGUCAAUUGUUGUCUAUAGAAGAGAAUUUUUUAUCGCGAUUUUUUUUUGUAAAACGUAAAGAGAAUUUAUUUGUUAAAAUAUAUUUCGUAUAUAUAGUUGUGUAGGAAUGUACUUAAGAAGAUUUUUUUCUGUUAACAAUUGUGCAAGGAAUAUUAAAGCUGAGAAAGACAAUUUUUAGGUAGACCGAUGUAGAAGAGAGAUAUUGUGGGCCAAAAUGGUAAUUUAAAGGUAAUGUGUCGAGGACAGCAUGGGGCCCAUGAGAGUAAUGUAAUACAAAUUGAUGGAUAAUAUAUUAUCCUUCCCCUGGGGGACAAUGCUGUCGUCUGUGAUUUUAAUGUGCAAAAAAAAAUUAAUAUAAAUAGAAUGGAUAUUUUUCUCCCAAAUGCAAAGAAGAAAUAGAGCAGCUAUAUGACCACCACCCUUUAAACACAAACACAAAAAAAAAUAAAGAAAAGAAGAAUUGGCAGCAAUUUUAUCACCAUAUCAGUAAGAAAAAAAAAUCAAUUAAGGACAAAACCCAGACAAACCUCUGCAUUUAAAACAUUCCACCCAAUUCCAGAAAAUAUAUUAAAAAUUUUAACAGAUUAUAUAGACAAGAGAUAGAAAAAGAAAAAUGUUAUUUUUACGGAAACAUUCUAAUUUGUACAGAGAUUUUUUGAAGAAUAUAAUUUAUUUAAUGAAAAUGGUUGAGAUGAUAAUAAGAUGCGAGUGAGAGAUGAUAAAUAAAGUUUCCUUUUUACAAAAAA